CAACAAAUAAAAGGGCGCCACGUAAGCGGUUAGUUCCCACCGAGAAUCCCGUGCCUCUCUCCGUGUCGGGGCGAGGUCGAAUUUCCCGUUUGCAAAACCGAAACCCGCUUUCGAGUUUCGCCUCCCCUCUUUUCGAUCUUCUCCCAUGGCCUUACCCUUCCAAACGCUCUCCACUCGGAUCCCGAGAAAUACGACGCCUCUCCAUUCUCCUCCUCGGGUGAAUCGAGCUCUCGCAUCGCGCAAGAGAGCGGCGCUCGUCGCUGCGUCGGCGAUGUACGGAUCCGCCGCGGAUGGUGCGCACAAGAGGAAGCUGCAGCCGCUCCCGCACGUGCUCACCGUCGCCGGCUCCGACUCCGGCGCCGGCGCCGGCGUCCAGGCCGACAUCAAGGCCUGCGGCGCGCUCGGCGUCUUCUGCUCCUCCGUCGUCACCGCCGUCACCGCGCAGAACACCGUCGGCGUCCAGGGAGUUCACGUUGUGCCGGAGAGCUUCGUCGAGGAGCAGCUCCGAUCGGUGCUCUCGGAUAUGGACGUUGAUGUGGUGAAGACGGGGAUGCUUCCAUCUAUUGGAGUAGUCAAAGUUUUGUGUGAUAGUCUCAGAAAAUUCCCUGUUAAAGCUUUAGUGGUGGAUCCAGUCAUGGUUUCGACGAGCGGGGAUACACUUUCGGCACCGUCUACCCUUUCUGGAUAUAGGGAUCAGCUUUUUGCUAUGGCUGACAUAGUUACCCCCAAUUUGAAAGAAGCAUCAGCUUUACUUGGGGGCGCGCCGCUGAAAACGGUGUACGACAUGCGUGAUGCGGCAAAAUCGAUUUACAAUUUAGGUCCCAGACAUGUGCUUGUGAAGGGUGGGGAUCUAUCAGACUCAUCUGAUGCCAUUGAUAUAUUCUUUGAUGGGCAGACGUGCCAUGAGCUACGUGGUUCACGUGUGAAGACUCGCAACACUCAUGGAACUGGCUGCACUAUGGCUUCAUGUAUAGCAGCAGAAUUAGCUAAGGGUUCUGCUAUGCUGCAAGCUGUUCAGGAAGCGAAGGCCUUUGUCGAGUCAGCACUUCAUUACAGCAAGGAUAUGGCCAUUGGAAAUGGACCUCAAGGCCCUUUUGAUCACCUAUUUAGGCUCAAGAGUCCUCAUUAUAAUGUGGGGGCGACACCAAGGUUUAAUCCAGAUGAUCUAUUCCUAUAUGCUGUUACGGAUUCAAGGAUGAAUAAGAAGUGGGGUCGUUCCAUAACCGACGCUGUCCAAGCUGCAAUUGAAGGAGGCGCAACUAUUAUCCAGUUGAGAGAAAAGGAAGCCGAGACUCGUGAAUUCAUAGAAUCAGCCAAGGCAUGUCUGGAGAUUUGCCGGUCGAGCAGAGUGCCACUUCUGAUCAACGACAGGGUCGAUGUUGCACUAGCUUGCGGUGCCGACGGUGUGCACGUGGGCCAGUCCGACAUGCCUGCACGAACUGCUCGCGAGCUCUUGGGGCCAGGAAAGAUUAUCGGCGUAUCUUGUAAGACUCCAGCCCAAGCUGAGAAGGCCUGGGCCGACGGGGCCGACUACAUCGGUUGUGGAGGUGUUUUUCCGACGACCACGAAGGAGGACAACAUUACUGUAGGUAUGGAAGGGUUGAAGGCUGUCUGCUUGGCUUCCAAAUUGCCUGUUGUGGCCAUUGGCGGGAUCGGCAUCGCGAAUGCUCGUUCGGUUAUGGAAAUCGGUGUCCCAAAUUUGAAAGGCAUUGCGAUUGUCUCUGCUUUGUUUGACCGCGAGUGUGUUGCGACGGAAACUCGGAAACUGAGAUCUGUUUUGAUGGAUGCUUGCUCCAGAACUAAUUUAUCAGUUUGAAUUUUAGGUGUGCAGAGGGCUUUUUUCUUUCCCUUUUUUUUUCUUUCUUUUUUUUUGUCAUUUUUUAUGUCCAGAGGGCAAAUCUUUAUGAGCAGUAUUUCUCUAUUUUGAGUGCAUCUCACUUGUUCAUGUCCAAGUACUUGUACGUAUUUAUAGGGAAUAUUCUUGUUAUGCUGUUAGAUUGGUUGGGA